CCCUUCAUGGAUUGCCGACAGAUUGUCUAGCUCAAAACAGUUUGGUGCCUAUAUAGCUUCGUUUAGUUCGCAUCUGGAAAGCACAGUGCGCGAGCCAGCGAUGCCUCUUCAACACGCUUACAAGUGAUGUCAUCUGCGUUACUGCAGGCGGUCGAGCAUCAAACAACAUUUGCCUUGACCCGUUGAAACUACCCUGACCACCAUAUACACAAUGGGAAGUGUGGCGCUCUUCCAAGAGCCGAGCGACCGCGACCAUCAAGACCACGAGAGACUGGUUGAUGAGAUUCUUCAUGAACAGUCGUGGACCCAGUCAAUGAAAGACACCUCCAUCCUGGAUAAACUCCCCGCCGAGAUCAUCCACGAAAUCCUCUCCUAUCUGCCCGCCCGCGAUCUUGCUCGCGUGUCUGCAAGUUGUCAAGUACUCUCCGAGCAUGGCUCCGACGACCGACUAUGGGCCAACCUCGUCAACUCCCACCUGCCCUCCUCGAUUUCCGACCCGGGCCCUUUCCCAUCCUUUCGACGCCUUUACCUUGCACACCUAUCAUACUGGUUCAUACCCCAAUACAAAAUCUGGUUUGCGGAUAACGAGCACACGGGCAACUUGAUUCUGGCUCGUUAUGAUAACCGAAGAGGGGUUAUCGAAGCCUACCGAUUGAUCGCAGAUCGAGGCAGCCCCAACUUUCAGAUGUGGCAGUCGAACCCUGAUGUCAUGAUUCAAUCGUUCGAUCCCAAAGUAGUCCUGUGGCUGGACGACCCUGUGCUGUUUAUCAAAGACCCAGCGCCUAUGGAACCCAGGGCUGCUUGCCAGACUUGGAAGAUGGAGCGUCAAAUGCCAAUGGCAGCGGAAUCACAGAGUGUUUUCAGCUCAAUCUUAUUGUGUCCCAAAGAAGACCCGCAACCUCAGAUUAACCAAGGACCAUUGUGGCCUCCGGUGACCAUCCCCAGUGAGCACCGUAUACGCAGAGAGAACUCCCCACAGAGAUUGCCGGAUCCUAAAUGCGCUUCUGGAGCCUCCGAGAGAGCAUUUCGCAUUCGGAGGUGGGCCAAUUUCCAUGGAGUGCUCUCCCCGGGACGCAACGAAGCACGGACAACGUACGCUACCCUUGAUCCGAGCUUGUAUGUACCAACGAAAGAGAGACCGUACCAAGGUAUUUGGGUUGGAGACUACUCAGCUCAUGGGUGUGAGUUCCUUUUGUUCAUUCAACGAGGUGUGCAGAGCCAGGAUGCGGAGGACGGGGAUACGGGUCCUAGCGGAAGCUUGGAAGCAGUCAAGCUUACAGGUGACCCGAAUGUUCCCCGUGGCCAAAUAUCAUUCGUGGCAAACGAUAUCGGUCCUGGAGGCCUCGUUCGUGUAGACGACAGGGAACCGUUUGAGAAUGCACGUAUUGUGCGGUGCUUGGGUCAUGUCGCUGGUAUUGGCUUCCAGGAUGAUACGUUCAUCAACUCCGAACUUAUUCUUAUUUCCCCGAACUUUAUAGCACAUUAUUGGAAGGAAAUGGGCCACGUCUCCUACUACCGCCGAGUGGACAUUGAUGCCCUCGUCCAGAUAUGA